AUGUCGCAAGACUACGGUAAAGCAACAUACGUCACCGGACGGCACCGCAAGAAUCGCGUGCUCAUCUACACAAGUCGCACCGAUCGUACAAAAGUGUACGAGUUCAUGCAGGCGGCAAAAUUCAAGAUACCCGGAAUGGUCUCGUGGAAGUGUGUCUCGUGCUCCAAAGUAAAAAACGGCUACCGUAAUUUGGGCGCCGAGCUGAAAAGAAAAGUGCCAUUAAUUCUGGUGGACAACGAUAUUAUUAAAGAGGAUCCAGAGAAGCCGUUGAACGCCGAACACUUUUGCAAUGGAAAAGAGGCCGUUCAGGCGGUUCUGAGCAGAGCGAAACUCGAAUUUGUUGCUGUAAGUAUAAAUUGUAUAAUUGCACACAAAGUUGAAAUAUAAACAUAUGGAGCUACCCGAAAAUGUGAAUGCUUCCUGGCUUUGUUUAGAAACGGAUGGACAUUUGCACUGUGUCCAGAACGCAUGCCCCUGAAUUCAAGCUUGCACAGGAAUGCUGAUCUUCCCAAAAUUUAGACAACUUUUAAAGGAAUAUACUUCAGAUUCUUUAGCAAAAAAUGCAAUGUCAAAUUGUUCAGCGGCACGGCGACGACGAAAUCCACGGUGAUCGAAUGCGGGAAACGAUCCAGGAUUUCGCGCGAGAGGCCGUCUCUUCCACACCAGUUCCGCUGAGUAUAAAAGAGAAACGGCAGAUUCAGAAGUCUUUGGAUGCAGGAUGCCUCGAUCUAAUUCAGGGAGUCUCAAAGCGCCGGAAAACGUUACAAAGAAAAAGAGAAUCGAACAUGAUAGCGGAAGAAAGUAUUGAAGAAAUAAAUAGACAAGAUUCUGGAGAAGGGAUUUCUGGCGUCGGAGAGAUGGGAAAACAAAGAGCAGAAGACCACGGAGAUGCGAUUUCGCAGAAACGAAUGAGACUUUCACAGCCUGAAACAAUUCCUCUGACCGUUCGGCCACUGCCACCUUAUUACUGUACGUUUGACUUUUUUGUUCUAAUAUUCUAAAAUCAUCAUAAUUUUUAAGAUACUCAUGUGACGCCUCCAGACGUGCAAGUUGUUCAUCAUCAUCCCCACCAUCACCAUUUGGAUGAUCAAAAUUCUAUUGACUAUUAUGAAGAAAUGGGAGAAGGUCAUCAAUUCAUCGACGGAGAGCUCAUUCCGGCGGAUCAGCAAGACGUCGCCUAUGAUAUUGAACUUCGAUAG